AUGUCUUGUGGGAAGAGAGCAGCGCCGGACCCAUCAGGCGCACCUGCUCCUUCAGGCCGCAGGAGGCGCGGCUGUGAAUGCUUGAACCACCGUGAUAUCAAGCUCUUGGAACACUUCUUGAAAGUUGAAGAAAAGAUCCUGGACCAGAAGAUCCGAGAAGUGGUGGAUAUAGGAAAUACGCAGUUUGGCUUUAGCAUAUGGUGUCUACGGAAGAAAGGAGUUCCAGAGUAUCUCAUUAACAUCGUGAAAGAUACCUACGAGAGUGUAACCACAAUGGUCAGAACGCCACAGGGAACAUCGGAAGAAUUUGAAGUGAAAGUCAGCCUUUACCAAGGAUCAAGCCUAGAUCCACUCCUGUUCAUCAUAGUUAUCUAG